CCCGACUGCGUAAAAACCCAGCCGGCGGAAGGCGGCACGGACGCGUUCGGCGCUCUGUUGUCCCUUCGCAGGCGCCGUAGCGGGGGCGGCGCCGGGCGGUGUCGGGAGGGCCGGAGCGGAGCGGGCGCGAUGUUGGUGCUGGUGCUGGGUGACCUCCACAUCCCCCAUCGCUGCAACAGCCUCCCUGCCAAGUUCAAAAAGCUGCUGGUGCCUGGCAAGAUCCAGCACAUCCUGUGCACGGGGAACCUCUGCACCAAGGACACCUAUGACUACCUCAAGACCCUGGCUGGGGAUGUCCACGUUGUCAGAGGGGACUUUGAUGAGAACCUGAAUUAUCCUGAGCAGAAAGUUGUGACUGUUGGACAGUUCAAAAUUGGGCUGAUUCAUGGGCAUCAGGUGAUCCCCUGGGGUGACAUGGCCAGCCUGGCACUGCUCCAGAGGCAGUUUGAUGUGGACAUCCUCAUUUCAGGACACACACACAAAUUUGAGGCAUUUGAACAUGAAAAUAAAUUCUAUAUCAACCCAGGAUCAGCUACAGGAGCCUACCAUGCCUUAGAGAACAACAUCAUUCCCUCAUUUGUGCUGAUGGACAUCCAGGCUUCUACAGUAGUUACAUAUGUCUAUCAACUAAUUGGAGAUGAUGUGAAGGUAGAAAGAAUUGAGUACAAGAAAUCCUAAAAAAUGUUUUUGCUUGUCUGGUAUUUUUACCAUCUCCUUCUGAACUGCAAGUUCCAAAACUUGACUGCUCGUUUACAGCCCUGCACUGUCUCUAACAGCUUAACAAUGUAACUUCUUGUCAUGAAUUUAAACAACCUCGUGUUUGCUUUUCUCUGUAUGAUUUGUAAAAUAUUCAUUAGGAUAACUGUCUGAAUACUGUUCCUUAAUGUUGUAAUAAACUCCACUUCAUAGAAAA